AUGCGCACCUGUGCCAUUGCUGUUCUUGCUGGGCUCAGCAGUCUCGUCUCCUCACAGACCCUCGAUCUUGACUACAUCGAGGCUCAAACACUCUCCACCGCUACAAUCAACCUUUAUCAACAGGCACAGACUGUGGAAUACAACCAGGCUACAGCCAUUGCAGAUGUGGUAGCGGCCGUCUUAGAAACCCCGGUCGCCGACCCGGGAAAGGAGCGUUUCAACACAGGCGACGUCUUACAGAAGCGCGAUGAGCCGGCAGUAACAUUUCAAGUGCUAGUGCCGAUAUGCCAGACUCUACAUGGUACUCUCUACGAUUCUCCAGAGGACACAGUAACCGACCGUGUCGGAAAGUUCCUGAACGAUGCAGCCUUGCAAGAUCAGGCAGUGAACGCCAUCACUCCUGCGGGCUAUACUCAGGUCUUCCGGAAUCUGAAAAAUGCUUCUCAGGCCAACGGUUACAUGGGAUACCGCAUGUUGUCGACGUACAACGUCUCCGAGUGUGCCAACAUCUGUACAAGUACGCUGGGCUGCCAGGCCUUCAACAUCUACCUUGAACGUGGCCCGAGCCAAGUACCAGGCACAGACUGUCUAGAUCCUCCAGCGCUAGUCAAUCCGUUCUGUGCCCUGUGGGGAGGGCCGGUAUCUACAGACAACGCUCUCAAUGAGGGUCAAUACCGAGAGCAGUUCCAUGUCGUAAUCACGGCAUCAAAUGGCUAUGUUGCGAGCUCAUCACUUAAUCGCCUCUCUUCGUUUGCAAUCUUGGCCCCCCUCGACUGCAAUGGCAACGACUCAUACAUGGGUAUGAGGCUCUGGUCAGACGGCCCGUUCGACAGACAGCGCUGUGCCGCCAUUUGUGACGCCACCACUCAGUACAACGUUGAUCACCAUCCUGUAGACUCGAAGAUCCCUCCGAGGCUGUGCAAGUUUUACAACACAUUCAUCGUGAGCAAGAACUUCAUCUCGCAGGGUCAAUAUUGCGCCAUGUACUCUCAAUUCUGGGACCCUGAGCUGUACGCCAACAACAGUGGGCAGUAUGAUGGUGACGGUAACCGUUAUACAAUAUCUUCUAGCGAAUUCUUCCACAACAAUACUGAAGUUACGUCUCCGAUAUGUCCUGCAGACCUUGCUGGCCUACGCGACGACUAUAUCGCGAGCGUUUUCUGCACUUCUUACAUCUCGUAUGCUGGACCUGCUACGGUCAGCACAACGAUUACCAAUACGGCCACUUCUGAGGUCUGCAGUACUGCUGCAGUCACCACUACAACUAAGGGCACUAGUAUUACCCCUACUCCUGAGGUCUCGUCCACCACCUCGUUCCAGCCGAUUGUCUCCAUCUCAUCAGAUCUGCGUAAACGUGAGAAUGAUGCGGGCGAAGUCGUCGGAGCCGUUGUUGCUGUCUUUCCAGACAAGAUCGCUGAUCCUGCCAUUACGGGUAGUGUGCCAGUUGAAGUCACAAUAUCUGCCAAAGACCUCUCCAUUGCUGGGGCCUACUCUUCGGCCACCUCAGAAGCCAUCUCGCAACUAGCGGUCAGAGAAACCGGCUCUCUCACGUCCUCGACAGAUGGUUCUGCGCCUACAACGACACCACCGGCAGUAUCCAUUCCUGUUCUCGACAAACGCCAAACAGCUUUAACGCCUGCGUUCUUCCAAGGACGAGAUUACCGCGACAUCUCAAGCGCCUGCUCCCAAAUCGUCGACACAGUCACACAAACAACAACCUACUCUGCCACUCCCGACGCGACUGUGCGACCGAUCGUUGAUUGUUCAAGCGCCUCCGUCUGUGAUGACGAUUCACCACCAACGCUUAUCUCUGGAUCCUUCUUCAACUCUUCCUACAAGGUCGACGACAUCUAUUACAACAUCAGUCUACCUUUUGAGAUCUGCAUAUACGACAACUGCAGCUCCAACGUGCACCCGACGUCAAAUGGCAUCAUCACGCUUGGUGACUUCGCCACGGGUCAAUACAACAACGACCGCAACGACAUUCCUGCUACCGAUUUUCCGUCCGAAACAGCCCUCUUCGUCUACUGGGAUGAUCUUUACAUCUUCCCGAGCCAAAGUCACUACAUGGCCUACAGUAUCUGCGGGCAGGAGGGAUCGCGCAAAGUCGUAUUCUCCUGGAAACUUGGUCGCUACCAAACGGUUGGUCCAGUUUUCGAUGGCCGGGUCUGGAGCUUUUCAGCCACCUUCUUCGAAAACGAAAACAGCCACAUCGUCCUGGAUUAUGGCACGAUCCCCGAUCGAGGUAUCUCGGCUUCAGUUGGUUUGCAAAGCGCAUCUGGAGCGUUCUUCGAGUACUCGCACCUGGAGACCAAGAUUCGGAACGGUCUGCGACUUAGCUUUGAUGCUAGGCAUGAGCGUUUUGGGAUCGAUACCAUUCGAAGGUAG